ACGGUGUUGCCAUUUCGAAUCGAACGCCGCGGUCGCGGUCGUCAUGGUCAUAGUAGACGGACAUUAUUGCAUUUUGAUGAUCAUGUGAUAAUGCUGUGGCCAAGGUCAAGGUGAUGGUGAUUCGGUGAUACGAUACUAGGUCAACUAACUAGUGUGGUGAUAGCAUUACUUCAUCUAUGGUGAUAGUGAGUGACACAAGGGAAUGAAUAAAUACUGACUGACUGAUUUGAAUUGAAUUUAGAAUUUAGCCUUAGCCUAUCAAUGUUAUCAUAUCAACAUCAACAUCAAGUCAUGAGCAGUGAAAUCUGAAUAUUAGUUUUAAAAAUUAGCCUACAGUUAGUACUACAGUUUAGUUAAGUUAUUAUGGAUCGUGAAGGAAAUCCUAAAAGUCUUAAAAUUGAAGAUAUAGAAGGUUUUAGAAAUUUGAAAAAUGCUAAACGAUUUGCGAUUGAUAUUGGUGGAACACUUACAAAAAUUGCUUACUAUUCCAAAAUUUCUCAAAGAAUAAUUAACUAUGAUUCUGAAGAGGAUAAGUUUGACACAAUGGAAGGUGCACGUUUGCAUUUUGUCAAAUUUGAAACCAAAUACAUAGCAAGCUGUUUGGAUUUUGUACGACAGAAUCUGGUUGGAAGUAGAGAUUUAAUGGCUGGUAAAAAAAUAAAAGCUACUGGAGGUGGGGCAUACAGAUAUGCUGACUUGUUGCAGGAAAAACUUGGUUUAUCGGUAGAAAAGGAAGAUGAAAUGGGAUGUCUAAUCAAGGGGUGCAAUUUUCUUCUGAAGAACAUCAGUGAUGAGGCCUUCAUCUACCAUCGUCAUGGCGACCCAGAGUACGACUUCCAGCUGGCAGACCCAGACAUUUUCCCUUACCUUUUAGUCAACAUAGGCUCAGGGGUCAGCAUCAUGAAGGUAGAAUCAGAAGAUAAAUAUGAGAGAAUUGGAGGCACUGCGACUGGUGGAGGAACAUUUUGGGGACUGGGAUCAUUGCUGACUAAAGCAAAGGGUUUUGACGAACUGCUGGAGCUAGCAGAGCAGGGAGACCAUCGUCAUGCAGACAUGUUAGUGCGAGACAUCUACGGAGGAGACUACCAGACUCUUGGACUGCCAGGCGACUUGAUUGCAUCGUCCUUUGGAAAAGUCUGUCCGAAGCGAGGAGACCAAGGACAGCAGUGCUCUGAAGCAGACGUGGCUCGUAGCUUGCUGUUCACCAUCAGCAACGACAUUGGACAGAUUGCGUGUCUCUAUGCAAUGAUGCACAAGCUGAAUAGGGUAUACUUUGGUGGCUACUUCCUCCGUAAUCACCCCCUCAGCAUGCACACAAUCUCGUUUGCCAUCAACUUCUGGUCACGAGGUUCCGUCCAGUGCCGGUUUCUGCGCCAUGAAGGCUACCUUGGUGCCAUCGGAGCAUUCUUGAAGGGCGCCGAGGAGUGGGAUGAGGAUAAGUACUCUUGGCUAGAGAACUACGCAGGCAGUUCAGGUCUGAGGACACAAGCCUCUGUCAUGUUGGAGAGUUCGGUGCCGGUAGAUCAGCUGGAGCUUGACAGAUGGCAGACGACGCUAUCCUUCUGUCCUCUACUGGCCGACCCAGCCAACUACGUGCCUGACACGGUCGAUCUCAACGGUGACCAGGAAGCUAGGGAGUACUGGCUGGACUGUUUUGAGAACUCGAUAGGCAAGUAUGUACAGAAGGCAGUGGAGAGCCAGCCUGAGAGUAAGACAGCUGCUGCGAGAGGUCAACAACUCAUGGACAAGUACCUGGCCAGAUUGAGACAUCUCAAGGAGCAACCAUUCAAUGAUGACUCAAAAGGCUCUGUUACUUACAGAGAAGUCUUUCCUCCUGUACAAAAUACACCAUAUCUUGUUAAACAAAUCGAUGCCUAUGGGAACCUUACUGUACGCAGCUUGCUAGACACCAUAGAACAUUGUCUCAAGGAGUUUGACUUCCCUGACCCUUAUCUUGCCCAAAAGCAGGUGGAGAACGAGUGUGCCCUGGCGUUGCUGCCUGCGCGGCUCACACAGCUGGACGAGAUGCCAGACAGUGAGCGAGGGGUAGAACUGAUAACCGCACUGUUGGCUGGCAACAUGUUUGACUGGGGUGCAAAGGAAGUGGUUGACUUCAUGGAGAAGGGCAACUUUGGCUUCAAGGAGGCAAGGGAGAAAAUACCUGAGAGACCUUGGUUGGUGGAUACGCUAGACCAGUGGAUGGAGAGAUGGAGAGGCCCACCUCACAAGUGUGCAGCAAUCUUCAUUGACAACAGCGGCAUAGACUUUGUCUUGGGCGUUCUACCGUUUGCCAGAGAGCUGCUCAAACGAGGCACCAAAGUGAUCCUCUGUGCCAACUCUGCGCCUGCUCUGAACGACGUCACUCACUCUGAGUUGCUUGUGCUGAUAAGACAGGUGUCCGCCAUGUGUGACGUGGUGUCAGGCGCUGUAGCCGAGGGACGGUUGGUAGCCAUGGAGACAGCUCAGGCUGGCCCUUGUCUGGACCUCAGCAAGCUGGACCGUGACCUGGUGAACGCGUUGGUGCACGUUGACCUACUGGUGCUGGAGGGGAUGGGUCGAGCCGUCCACACCAACCUGGACACCAAGUUUACCUGCGAGAGUCUCAGACUAGCUGUCAUCAAGAACCGAUGGCUGGCCAACAGACUCGGCGGUCCCAUGUUCUCAGUCAUUUGCAAAUAUGAGACUCCUUCUGCGUAACUGCACCAUUAUGGCCAACUGAUAUUAAUUUAGUUGGGGGUUAUAAGGAUGCAUACUUAAUCCAAGCUUAAAUAUUUUCAAUUUAUACAAUUUUUUGUCAGAGCGGAUAUACUAGGUAGUUUACGGUUGGAUUGUCACAGAACAAUUGAAAAAUCUGGAAAUUGAAAAAAAUAAGCUUAACACCAUUAAUUUGCCUGUGGCUUAGUGUUUUAAAUAUUUCUAGAUGCUAGGUGUUCUAGAACUUAGUAUGUUUCUUAAUUCUAUGAAAAAAUAUUGGGUUCUGAUUCUGAAUCACAAUGUAUUCAAUAUAUUGAGGGAGAAUGUACUUAACUAUUUAUCUCGUAAAUUUAAAUUGGAAAAUCUGUUUUCACCAUCCAAAAGUUGGUUACAUUCUUUUGGAAAUUUGAAGCUUAGAUUUUUUAACAUGUUGAUAUAUUCUAUUACAGUCCAGAAAAUUUUCAGUUUUUUGCUUGCCCUAGAAAAAUUUCCAGAAUCGGUUCUGUGUAUUUUACUUUUAUUCUUUAUGAAUAAAAUAUUAUUAAAUUCUUAUACAUGUAUACUUGAUUAUUUCCAACUUUUCUGGCGACCAUCAAGAUUAUUAUUCUGGUUCCUUUUUUUUUAAGAAAUAUUAUCAACGAUUAACGGUGUAUUAACGGUGUAUUAACGGUGUAUUACGAUUAACGGCAAUAUUAGUGCCACAGUUUAUGUUGUCCUACAGUCAAGUAGUUUGACAAACGUUACUUAAAUGAUAGUUUUUUCAUCUCUAUGUUCACUUUUCAUGACUAGUUGUUUUUCUGUGAACUGUGUUAGAUGAAAUAUUGCAUGAUUCAAAAUGAAAAAAUUGAAAUAAUCAUUAUCAUAUGUGGAACUAUGUUUUGUAAACACAAAGUCAUCAGUGCAAAGUUUGGAAUAAACCUACUUAUUCCACCAUAGGUUAUUGAAAUGGAAUAGGUUUGAAGUUUGUAAAUAUAGGUUACUCCUUCGCAAGACAUGUAUAUUAUCAAAUAAAUUUUACAAAUUGUUAUUAGAAGAUUA